CGUCACUAAAGCAACUUCACGUCACAUCCGUAAACAAAUAUGGCGUUCAGCGGACGAAAAUCUACGUGGUCCAGCCAAAAUGAUGCCACAGAUUAUCUUGAAAAGCACAAAAUAAUGGAAUUGUUUAAUAACAUUACUUCAAAUUUAAUUUACCAUCGACCAGAUGACCCCAAAAGCUUUAUGAUUGAAACUUUAGAAAAGCUCCAAAAAUCAAAAAAUUCGAAAGGAAACUGUCCAAGUUUAUUUGAUGACAGCAAUAUUCGAUCUGUGUUUGGCAUGUUAGAUCCCACGAACAAAGGUUUUAUAACACUUCAACAGUACAAAGAAGCAAUGACAACCUUGGGAGUUCAAAAUUAUCCGAGCACACCAGAAUUACACGAGAAUGAAAUGAUUAACAUGGAUACAUUUUAUAGAGAUGCAAAGAAGGGCCUAGAAAAAGCAUCAGCAACGUAUGCUAGUUGAGAUUUAUAUCUUUAUUAAUUUAAAUUAUUAUUUAUUGUAUCAUGUCUGUUGAACAAAGAUGGAGAUUUUAUGUUUGUAUAUAAAGAAUUUUUAUAUAAUAUUCCAAUUAAAAA